CCUUCACAUGACGCUGUUGUAUUGCUUUGAUGUUUCAGGGUUACAGGCUCUUUUGUUAUUACAUACGUUGAUCGUUGUGUUUUCGAAGUCGCACAUUUGUAGAUGGUGAUAUGUUGCCGUUGUUCGAUGGUAUAUCUCAUCCUUUGCUAUUAUGAUCCAAUGAGAAUAAGCUUUCAGGUUGUUGGCAGCUCUUUGUGCAUGACACAGCCAUAUUGACAAUUGUCCAACUUUGAACCACAUUCCUUCCUCCUGUGGAUAUUUCGAUUUUGCUGGUCUCGUCGAAAUUACGUGUCACUCUUUUGUCCUCUAUCCUUGUGUCUGUGUCUGUGUCUUGUUGUUACCAAUAUAUAAAAGAAGUUCACUUGAUCGACUGUACAAGUUGUAACCAUGCCCCGAGGCCCUCGUCGUGCACCUCCUUCUGCUCUCCGUCUCGUGCAGGGACCUCUCCCACCACGUGCUGCUCCAAAACACACACUCCCUUCUCUUCCUUGUCCCGCUUUCCGACCCCUCCCUCAUGAGCCUAUUCCCCAAGCUCGCAUACAACGCUCGGAUUCAAUACGACCCAUAUUGUCUGACCUGCCAUCACUGGAUGUAGAAAUCGCAAAUACCUACAGCUCCUCAUUGUUUACUCCAAGAUCAUCGUCACCAACAUCGGGGCACUGCAUUCGUGGCCCUUGGAAUCAUUCAAGCAGCAUUAGCGUGCAAGUGGACAUCGAUAGUCUGAUCGCGUUUCCAAAGCCUGUAGCAUUUUGUCUAUAAUUCUACGUGGAAGAGCUGUAUCAUCAAGGUUUCUCAGCUGGGCUGAGUGGUAUUUUGUUGUUGUUGUUUUUUUACGAGACUGGUGCUCAAGGUAUUUUGUAUAGCAAGGAUGCUCGAUGCAUACUUUGUAUACAUCGUAGCGUAGAUCACUUCGAACCUUAGUACAUA